GUAGAACUGCAGAAAAAACAAAUCAAAGAAAUGAAUACCCUGAUUCCCGAAUCUGCUAAUAUCUCACUUCUGAAUUGUAUUGACCUUUCCAGUUCAGAUGUUCAGCUAUCUGUCUCCCUCCUUAAACAGGCAUGCUUGGAUUCUGGAUUCUUCUAUGUGAUCAAUCAUGGAAUUGAUAAGGAAUUCAUGGAUGAGGUCUUCUCUGAAAGCAAAAGAUUUUUCAAUUUACCCGAGCAGGAGAAAAUGAAGCUUCUAAAGAAUGAGAAAAGUCGAGGCUAUACUCCGUUGUUUGAUGAAAACUUGGACCCUGCCAAUCAAAUUCAUGGGGACUAUAAGGAGGGAUAUUACAUAGGUAUUGAAGUGUCUGAAGAUCAGUCUGAUGCACAGAAACCAUUUUAUGGCCCAAACAAGUGGCCAUCGGAAGAUAUUUUGCCCAGGUGGAGGAAAACCAUGGAGAAAUAUCACCAAGAGGCACUAGAGGUAUCGAGAUCCGUUUCCCGGCUGAUAGCCCUUGCACUAGGGCUAGAUAUCAACUUUUUUGAUCAACCGGAAAUGCUUGGAAACCCUAUUGCAACUUUGAGGCUGCUACAUUACGAAGAUGAUAACUAUGGUCUUCAGAUAUGCAAAGACAAAGAUGCUAAGCCUCAGAUCUGGGAGUAUGUGCCACCAUUAAAAGGUGCGUUUAUAGUUAAUCUAGGUGAUAUGCUGGAGCGAUGGAGCAAUUGCUUUUUCAGAUCCACGCGGCAUCGAGUAUUGGGCAAUGGCCAAGAGAGAUACUCAAUAGCAUUUUUUGUGGAGCCUAGUCAUGAAUGCAUUGUUGAAUGUUUGCCAACAUGCCAAUCAGAGAAGAAUCCUCCAAAGUUCCCUCCAAUUAAAUGUGAAGAUUACAUCUCGCAGAAGUAUAAAGAUACCCAUGCCGACCUCAGUUCCUAUGCAUGAUAUUAUGCAUACAAAACAAAUGCUCCGGAAAAGCUACUAAUGUUGAAGACAAUUCUAUCCAAACGAGAUCCUAUGAACAUGACUUUCAGUUAUCGAUGCUUUGAUUACUUUGUACAUGAAAUUUAGUGCGACUCUGUGUUGAUGUAAUUUAGCUCUACCCACAGUAAUUA